UGAAAUUCCGACCAUUUUCAAAAUUUGCGCGCUAUCUCUUAUUGUUUCUGCAAGGUCGGGAAAUGUCAGAAGAUCAGACAGAAGAGUAAGAAGACAAAGAAAGGACUCUUCUGUUGUGAAAUACUUGUUAUCCAACCGAUUUAUAAACUCCUGAAGCCGUUUUCCUGGUACCUUCGCCCUCUGCUGGCUUAAUCAAGAUGGGACCACAAAGAAAAUACCACCAAGGAGAGGAUCUAAACGACAUCAGAGCUUCUUAUCUUCAGCGAAAAAUCUGUGUCAUCUAAGUCUGAGUCGAAUACACGCCUAACUAGGCGCCUAAAGCGACCGUGAAGGUCACCUGCGAAGGUUACUACUCAGAUGAGUGGUGAUCCUACCCGUGGUAGUCAUUCCCGUUCACUUUCCUUUUCUGACCAAGAUUCAUACGAAAGUAAGUCUUCCAAUAUUGGUUCUAACUGUCUUUUAUAUUUGUGUGUAAAAAAGUAUCGAUAUAGCAAGAACUUUUAGCAUAUUGCCUAACUUCCAUGCCGUAUUAGAAAAUAUUAUUCGUUUUUUGACAAAGUCAAGGAGUAGUGGUGCAAGAAGAACGAACGCACCGACGGCCUUCAAAUGACCAAUAGCUUUCACCCGGCCAAUUCGCGCGAAAGAAGAGAAACAGAUGGGAGCAUCCAUAAUAAAGAAUGACAAAUCGAAAGAAAGAUAUCCCGUUUAGUCCGAUUGUUCUUUACUAGCACUUCCUUUCGUACAUGGUUGAUUUCUUUUCACCUCAUUUCACUUCCUUGAUCCGAUUGCGCGCUAGAAGGUCAUUGGUGCGAGAUCCCUCCUUGGAUCACUAUUCUUCAACUUCUUCUUAGUUGUUGAAAAGUUUCACAUUAAUAUAGAGCACAGUCAUGCUGAUGGAUGCUCGUUUGAGACAUGAGACGCAUGCAGUGAUUCGAGUUGGUGGAAAUUUUCAAGCUGAUCUCCCGCUGUACGAAGGUGAACCACCACAGUCGAUACUUUCAAGUGAAUCUAAUCAUGAAGUCGUUUUAUGGCGUCCGAUAGAUGAAAGUUUAAAGGAUCAAUUAGAGAAAUUCAUAAGAACAGCUAGUGAAGAAUAUUCUUAUACAGAAGAACAGGCUCUUGCCUUACUUACAUGGCAUCAGCUUGAUUUUGAUGAGGCUGUAGAAGAUCUUUGCAAUUAUACACCAAUUCAAUAUGAAUGGUCAAAUUUAGAACGUGAAAUAUUCUUCACUUGUGUUGCUCAUUAUAAUAAACAAUUUCAUAAAAUUAAAAAACAUUUUCCUAACCGUACAGUCAAUGAAUUGAUACUUUUCUAUUACUCGAAUAAACGAAAUCAACAAGCAUUGCUUGAAAUGGGUUUAAACGGAUCUAAAUGGUCUUGUCUACAAAAAAUUGGUCAUUUAGUGCCGGGUAUUUCAUCACGUAUGAAUAAUAAUAAUAAUAACAAUGAUGAUAGUAAUCAAAAAUACGACUUCGAAUUCGAUAUGAACGAUCCAUUAGAGGUUGAAGUCAAACGAUAUCUUGAUAUGAUGCAUGGAAUAGUUCCAGAAUCAGCCGAAGAAUCCAUUGUUAGUACAGAACAAGGCACUAGUCUAAGUGGUACUCAGUCAGAGUGUGAAACAGAAACACAUACAUCAUAUUCAUCAUUAUCAAUAGGUUGUGGUGACGGCGGUGGUGGGGUUGAUGGUGUAAACAUUGAAACUGUUGAGCAACACAGUGAUCAACAAAGUCGAUCAAGUCUAGGUUCUGUAACACAUAGUCUUGGACAUUGUAGCCGACAACGAGGACAACGUCGACGACGAUAUUGUCGUAAAGCAGUUGGAAGUAAAACAACGCGUAGUGCUGCUGCCACCGCUAGCGCUGCCGGUGUCUCUUCCUCUUUUGACCUCUUCUCCAGUGAUAUUGUUUCAGUGAAUCGUUUAUCUGCACGUAAAUUUGCUCAACUUGAAAAAGAGAUUUCAGCGGCAAUAGCUUCUUUUAAUAAUAAUACUAACAAUAAUAAUAAUAAUAACAAUGGUCAAUCGUCGCUACAUGGAGUUAAAUCUAAUGAAGGCAAUACUUGUGUAAAUUCUAGUUCACGUAGUUCACGCAGAGGAAUUCUAUGCAACACAAAGUCAAGAGCUACAUUACCCUCUGGAAUUUAUUAUUCACAUAGAGAAUUUCUGCGUUUCUGUGAUUCUACGCCAGCUGAACGUGAACAAGAAAUGGAUGAAUUAAAUACUACAAUACAAACUUUAUCUGAACAAAUAGAAAAGGAAAAGAAACUUGCUGAAAGUAAAAGUGAAUUACUUAAAGAUAUGGAAGCUUUGCGGCCUCCUUCUCUGCCUAUAGAUCCUUAUUGGUCCACAGUGGAUAUUCAACUAGUCUCUCAUGCAAUCGGUGAUUUAGGACUUGAUUAUGAGGCGAUUGCUGAACGUUUAAUCAAUAAAACACCCAGUAUGGUAGCUAAUUACGUGCAAAUGUAUGGUCAAUAUCUUAAUCUCCAUGAGUUAGCAUCAUUAUCGCCGAUGAUUUUGCUUUAAAAAAUUUUUUUUCUAAUGUUCACAACUGCUACUAUUAUUAUUAUUAUUACUGUAAUUGUUAUAUUUGAGUAUAUUGUAAAUACAAUAAAAUGCCUACCUCAGC